AUGAACGUGACCAAGGAUGCAGCCCAGGGAAUCAUUGCGGGACUCAAUGCUGGGCUGUCUCGAAUGGAGGUGGAGUUCCCGCUCACCACCGAGAUCAAUGGAUUCAAGGACAGUGCGGAUCAAUUCCUGGAUGCCAACAUCCAACUCGCCAUUGCGGCCGGCAGGGUGAUUCACAAGGAGACAGGGAAGAAGGUCCAUCUCCUGCUGCCGGAUGGCACCGAGUACCGGCGAGCCAUGGGGCUGUAUGGGACCGGGCUGUCCUUGGGCAGCGGCGUCACGCUCGGACACCUCCGGGAGUCGCGGCCUGGGAAGUUUGGGACCUGGUUCCGGGCGCAGGCGAACUCCGCGGACCCUGAUGUGGACGCCGCCGCGGCGGGGAGGGGGGCGGAGGUGUUCUUUGCCCUGAAUGCGUCCGCCGUGGAGCUGCCAGACAUCGAGCGGUAUGCCACCGACAGCCUGGAUGCCAGCAAGCCCCUGAUCACGUGGAACCUGGCGCUGGACACCCUCCGCGCAGACCUGGGGCUCCUGGGGUUCCCAUCAAAAGCCUUGCAUGACCGCUUCCUCUCCUUUUUCAAGCCUGUGCUCUAUGUCCGCCCCCGGGAUUACUCCAAGAGCACUGCCUCGCCUCCAUACAUCUCCAACUACAGCGGAAUCCUGUUCCGGGAGUUCCCGGGGGAGUGGAAGGUCAUGCUGCAGCAACCAAAUGGCUCUUACACUGUCGUGGAAGGCCGACCCACUCGGUACACCCUGGGAGAGUUCAAGGACGUGUUGAUGCGGGCGGCCGGGCUCGACACUGACGCCCAGGGGUCCCUGCUGUCCUUCCUUCGCAAAGGAUACAAGACCAAGACUUGGUGGGAGGAGAGGGAGGACAAGGAGCUCUCGCCCGCCUGGAGAGAGUGA